CGAGCGCCCUCUGACCCCGACGGUCGGGACGUCACCACGGGGCGACUCGCAUGGCGACUGGAGGGACUCGGAUCGCUCUCGGCUCGCGUCUCCCUCCCCGUACCUCUCGUCGCGUCCCUCCUGAGCGUCUCCCUCCCUCAGGCUCCCUCCCUUCCUCUCCUCGCUCUCUCGCGCCCUCCGCUCUCGCUGCUCUCCCGCCUCGCGUAGAGAUCCUCCCGCUGUGAGCGAGGGGCGAGCGGCGGCGAUUGAGCCGGGCAGUGACGUCGCCUCGCCACAGUGAAGAUGUUCUCCGCGUGGAAAAAGCUCCUGGGCUCGGAGCAGGGAGGAGGGGCGCGCGACCGAGGCACCCCUGCUGGCAUCCAGUCUAUGGGGCAGGCCUUGCAGCGCAAGUUCGCCAAGGGAGUGCAGUACAACAUGAAAAUCAUAAUCCGUGGCGACCGGAACACGGGCAAGACAACGCUGUGGCACCGUCUCCAGGGAAAGCGCUUCCAGGAGGAGUACAUUCCCACGCAGGAGAUCCAAGCUGCCAGCAUCCAGUGGAACUACAAAGCUACGGACGAUGUCGUCAAGGUGGAGGUUUGGGAUGUCGUUGAUAAAGGGAGGAGCAGGAAGAAAGGGGAUUCCCUGAAGCUGGAAAACGAGCCCCAGGAGGAUGAGCUCGCGCUGGACGCCGAGUGCAUUGAUGUUUACAAGAACUGCCAUGGCGUCAUCAUGAUGUUCGACAUCACCAAGCAGUGGACCUACAGCUACGUGGAGCGGGAACUGUGCCGCGUGCCAUUGCACGUACCGGUGAUUGUGCUUGGGAACCACCGCGACAUGGGGGAGCACCGUGUCGUGCUGCCCGACGACGUGCGCAGCCUCUUUGAGGGCCUCGACCGGCCCCCGGGUGCCUCCUACGUAAACUACGGGGAAUCCUCCAUGAAGAACGGCUUUGGGCUCAAGUUCCUGCACAAGUUCUUUAACAUCCCCUUCCUGCAGCUGCAGCGGGAGACGCUGCUAAGGCAGCUGGAGACAAACCAACUGGACAUGGAUGCCACCAUGGAGGAGUUGUAUGUGCACGAUCAGUCGGAGGAGCAGAACUACGAAAUCUUCUUGGAGUUGCUGGAGGCGAAGGGCAGCGUCCGCGGAGCGCAGAGUCCCGUGCUGCCCAACGGCGGCGGCGGGGGCAGCAGCAGCGAGAGCCCCACGCCGUCGGCGCACAGCCCCGUGCCCCCGGCCUUCUCCCGGCCCUCUCCACCCCCACCCGCAGCCCCCGCCCCGCCUGCCCAGCCCUCCUCUCCCCCGGCCUCCACUCAACCCGACGCUGCGGGAGCCCCCACUGCUCCUCCUGGGCCCCCCCAGGCUGAGCAGCCCAUGGCCGCCCCCCCACAGAGGAGGGGCUUCAUGGCACGAUUGUUUGGGUCGUCGACCCCCGAUCCUGCAGCCGCAAAACCAGAGGUGGAGGUGGACACGGCCGCGAGUCGCCCCGCCAUGCAGAGCGUGGACGAGUUCGCCCCCGAGGGAACGCUCGACCGCAGCUUCCUGGAGGACGUCCUGGACAGGGGUCCCGCUCGGCCCCCAGUCCGCGCCGCCGAAGACAGCGACAGUGAUGGUGAGGGAGGAAACCCCAUGGUCGCCUCCUUCCAGGACGAGUUGGACCCUGAGGACGAGGCCCCCGUGAGCCGCGCGGCGGUCUCCCUGCAGCCUCCUCGCGCCCCCGAGCCGCUCUCCAGCGACGAGGAUGGCGCCCCUCCUGCCGCCAUCACCGUCAUGGCCGACCGGGACAUCUUAUCAGAGGAGGAAACACGGCCUGCCAAGCCUCCGCACAAGGCGCAUGGCAUGGGCCACGGUGCCAAGGCAGGCGGCAACGCGCCACCCUCGGCCGCCCCCACCGCCCUGGGCGCGGUGGCAGAGAGGGGGCACGCCGCCGGCAGCCCGACCAUGGGAGGGCUGCCUUUCUCGGAAAAGGCCUCGGGCAAGACCGGGGGCCCGGUGUGGGUGGACAAGGCCGCUGGGGAGGAGGGCGAAGAGGGCGAAGAGGAGAGCGAGACGGAAGGGCCCAUUGCUCAGCAGAUGCUCUCCUUUGUCCUGGAUGAUCCUGACUUUGAGUCAGACGAGCCGGAGAAGAGCAAGGAGCUCUUCCCAGUCCGGGAGGAUGUGUCGGACCUCUCCGAUGAUGAUGCGGCGGCUCCUACUGCUGCCGCCGCUGCUGCGGUGCCGCGUCGCGCUGCGGGGAGUCUGCCUGCUGCGCCUCCCGUUGGGAAGCUCUCCCUGGAUUUCAUUCCGCCCGCCCCGUUUACUCUGCUGAGCGACGACGAUAAACCUGGCAGUGAUUUGUCCAAAGAAAAAAAGAAGAAGAAAAAGAAAGAAAAGGAGAAGGAGGAGGAGCGGCCGGACAAGUCGAGGAGCAAACACAAGAAGCACAAGGAGAAGGAGCGUGAUAAGGAAGAGGUUGGGGGAGGAGGAGUUGGCGAUGAAAAGGAGAAGAGGAGGAAGAAAAAGAAGAAGGGCGCGGGUGCCAGUGAUGGUGGUGCUGGUGGUGGUGGCGGCAGUGGUGGUGGUGUCGGUGGGAGCGACCUGAGCGCGCUCGAGGCUUUCCUGGGGGGCGACCCGGCCACGGGGGGCGACCCGACCGAGGGCGGCGGGGACUACGAGGAACUGUAGGGAAUGCGCCACGUGUGCCCCCCCCCCCCCCCACGCUCAUCCGGAGGAACCACCCCACGCGCCGUCCGGCCACGCUGGGCCACGCUGGGCCACGCUGGGCGCCCCAAUCACGGCAGCAGCACCACUGCCCCCUGUCGGACUUUCGUGAUAGGGUUGCGGGGGUGUGUUGGGGGGGGGGUGGGGGCGGUGUGGGGGGGUGGGUGCCGUUGCAAAAUGGCACGAGUUAUUGGUCCCUCUGGAGCCGAUCAUAUGCCUCGGCAAGGGCCUAGUUUUUAUUCGCAUCACGGCAGAAUCAGAAUCUCUAUCCUGGAGAAAUCCGAUGGGCUAUGAAGCUUUUGUUUUGUCACAGACGUCCAGACAAAACGUGACGCCGUCUGCAGCGCAGGUAUCACGGACACACGAUUGCAGACGGGCGCAGGGCCGACAUGCAGCCACGCAGUGAACCCUUGGCCCUGGAUCCCCACCACGGGACAACCCAUUUGGGAACGUCUUGAGUGUUAUUUUAUUGAUGGUGAGCAGCAUCUCCACGCUGCCGGUGCAUCGCAACACCGGGAGUUUGCUGCUGCCGUCUGCACUCCCCAUUGGUGUGUGUGCGCAUUGCACGGAACACAAAUCAUCACAGGUUCCAUUGAAGAGCCAGGGUUUGGCCUGGGCCCCAUGUGUUAGAUGCUAUGUCCAUGAUGUGUACUGUCUUAUUUAGCAAUAGCUAGUGGAAACGGAUGGUUGUGUAAUUCCAUGAUUAGUGUUGGUUAAACAUUUUGUCUGAUGCUUUAAUGGCAUUAGUUUGAAGUCUUCACUUCGUUCUGGCUGGUUUAGCGAAGCGGUGCUUAUCGGGAGAUCCAAACUGAGAUAUCACAUCAAGCUGGUAACAAGAUAAUCACUCUAAGGUGAUUCUUACUACAAUGUACAGAGUUAUGUUUGAAUAAUGAGAGAUGGCUGCUAGAGCUGGUCUUAUUUUAAACGUUGGGUUUGCUUGCAUCUUGAGUUCCAUUCUGUUUGUGUAAAAAAAAAUAGGCAAUGCAAUUUUUGUGUAAUUAGUCCUGUAAAAAUGUAACACAAAAUAGCACAGAAAUACACUGCACAGUCUGAAAAUGUAUAAACAAAUGCCGACAUGCAUACAUACUCAUGAACAACAACUAGCAGACUCCCUGGCGACAGUUCUCAAGGUGUGAUUCUCAACUAUAUUUUAAUGCAACUGGUAAAGUUUUAGCACACACACACUUUCCAUAAUAAUUUGUUUUGAUAGAGCGUCCUCUGUUACGUCGUCGGGGCGUCUUGAAGCACUGUACACGCGAGAAGCAGCUUGUGUGUGCGUACGUACGUUGAACUUCUUUCGCACUAUCGCAAGUAGCCAACCGUGCUGAAGAACAAGAAACUAAACACAAGAACGCUCGCAUCACAUCUCAUCUCAGAUAGUUAAAAUGUGGCAGCUUGUCCCUGUGUGAUACAAGGUGCGAAAAAAGUUUUCAAGUUCAAGGUGGCUCGUCUUGUAAGUGAGCAGCAUCUGCCAGUGGGGGGGGGGGGUGAUGAUCGAUGAUUGCCACGUGUGUAAUCCCAACUGAGUAAUUGUGGGGUAAAAUGUUUAAAAUUCUGCAGAUUUAGGGCAUCGCGUGAGCGGUGCACAACGGCUGGUCUCGUGACUGAUGGCGCGAGAUCUCUUAGGGUCCACUGGGAAGCAGACGGAGCGCAGUCUAUGACCAACUCAUCCGCGGUAUUAACCAAGGUGGCCUGCCGGUCUCGAAACCACGAACCUCUUCAAUGAGCGGGAAACGCCCUGUCGCUGAGCGGUGUAACUGGCUGUAUACAGCAUGGAUAUAUGCAGGCUGACGAGAGCUGCCUAUGGAGAAUUAUUGAACAGGAGCCUUGAGCAUUGAGCGCGAUAUUCUCCAGUGAGACACUAUCAAUUGUUAAUAAACGCUUCUGAGCAUAAAUUUCACUGCUUCCCACGGGGUGAAAAUGGGGCUCGGGUUUAGGGAGCUUGAUGAUCGUCUUGACUCAACUGCCCAUAACGGCAAGAGGGAGCUGCUACCUUGCAAAACAAUUCCCUUCCGUGCGGGCAGGUUAAACGGGUGUGCUGAGCGCAGAGUGAAGUCCAGUGGUGAUUCUGGGUUCUUUAAGAAAUGUUUACAGUGAAAGCAAAACAUUUUUAAUGGACGUUGGUAAGUCGCGAACGUGACGCCUUUCUUUCAAGGAUCUCGCGAAAUUAAUUACAGUCUCACUGAUUUGGCCACAAAAUAUUAAUCCGCCAACCCCUAUGGGUUAUUAAAGGUACCGGAUGUUGCUGUCCGUUUGAUGACCAUUGAAAGAGAUCUUCUUAGCUCGGGGAGCGCCUUACCUGAGCGGUCUCAGCCCUGGAGUGUCUCAUCUGAUUGCUGUGAUCGUCUGUCGUCCUAUCUUACUACAAGAGAACCUUACCAUCGAUUACAUUUUUUGAAAGUGGCUACGCAAGUCAUCAUCCGCUCAUUAGAUUCACAGUGUUGAGACGCUGUUGCGGGUAGGCAGUGUUGAACUUUGAUGUUGUUGCUCCUAGCUGAGGCGUAAUGAGGUUGAGACACUUUACAAAAGCCGUGUUUUUUUUGCCGAUGCAAAUGCUUUCGCAUGCAAGUCGCCUGCUUCCAGAGGAGGGGAUUCACACUCGUUUCCUCGCGGUCAAAUUCCAAGAGUGUUUUAUUUGUACCAGGCGAGAGCCACGGUUGGCGAGGUGUUAACUACCUCGCCUGGUAUAAAGGAAGUUGUGGAUUCGAUCUCGACCCUGACGCCUGUAUAUUUGGAGUUUGCAUGUUCUCCCCGUGGUUUGGUGGAUUUUUCUCCGGGUCCUCCAGUUUUUCCCUCCACACUUGGAAUCAACAUGCGUUUAUAGAGUAUUUGGCUGCUAUACAUUUACACGCGAUAAGCCACUUCGUUGAGCUAUCAUUUGUGACAGGUCGCUUCUCAAAAAGAGCUGCAUAGCUCAGUGCGCCUUAACUUGGUAAAAACAUAAAAAAAAAUUAGUUUCGUUUUAGCCCAAGAGACCAGGAGAGUUCUGGGUUACAAGCGCGUGCAGUCGAGACUUCUUCCGUGUGCGCUCUUAUUUAGCCGUGCCUACCCAGGAAAGCCUCGCAUAGCAUCUCGUGUGGCUUUUUCCGGGAGAUCCUGGCGAGUUUUUCGUAGUAGGAAGCGAUGAUUGCUUCUGUAUAAUCCCGAAUGGGUCAUUAUGUUAAUGUUUUGACUUGCGUGCACGUGUGUGUUUGUGUGUGUUGUUUCGUUAUCGUUUGAACUCACGCUGUAAGCCUAAUUAACUUGCACAUCACAAACAUUAACAUUGGGAUGGUUCGUUUAACACAUAGGCUUUCGCGGUCGAUAUCCAUAAUGAAGGUUUUGAGUGAGAUAAAGUCAAAUAUAAAUGCGGCUCGAAAGUGACGACAUCACAUUUAUCCCUCUAUUUAAGACCGAAACAGGAAGAUGUCUACAAUUCUGGCUGUCGCCUAUUAAUGCUGGUUGUAAUUACCGGCGAAGCGUCGUAAUCGAAUUGUCAAUGUUUGUGGGUUUACUCUCCAACACACAAGCGGUGUGCUGAAGUCGUAACUAAUUGGCACGUUUUGAUUACGUGACAAACUUUACUAAUUGGCUGUGCCGGGCAGUGGUGGGUGUAACGCCACAAUUAUAGCUACCGCGAUCGUACCCCCAAAAAAACCUCCGUCGUGGAUUGGUGAAGGUUCGCUCCCCCUAUUUCCGAAUCGCGCAGCCACUUCGCUUGCGUAUGGGGAGGUCUACUGACAAUGUACGCAUAGGCAACGGGGGGGGGUGAAGACUCCAUGAUAAUUUGUCUACAUUGGCUUUCAAAUGAGUUAGACAGUCCGGCGGUGCACCAUCUGUUUGCUUAAACACGUUAAUAUUAUUAAUCCUUGAUCGUUUCUGCGUGGAUUAAAUAUCGGCCGUUCUAUAGGAUUCAAGCGUAUGUACGCAGAUGGGGGGGGGGGGGUGUGUAAAAAGUACACGUGUAUACAGGGAGGCGGGAGGGGUCAAGUUUUGCCAGAUUUUUGCGUACUUACUAAAUGGAUGGCCCCCUUACCGGCUACGCCAGCACGGAACUUUGCGAUCUACAUGACUUAAACGUCUAACGCCCAGGGCAGCACACAGGAUACCUCCUGCUUGGGAAGUCGACCAAUUCCUGUCUGGUGUUUGGUUCGGUGAGAAACGCGAAUGCUUGUAGAAAUCCUCCGAGUAUGCAAACACGGGCACUUUGCACAUGACGGUGCGGGACCUACUUGCUGUACUGCCUCGCACGGGCGGCACCUUGUUUCCCUGGUAGCCGGGUUCUUGUGCGCACGCUCGGUCGUUAGGUCUGCACCUCAUCCACGAUCCUUCCUCCGUGGCGCUGGAUCGCAGACGACCACCACCACCGUCACCACGCCCGGCAAUAUUAUAACUCGUAACCUCAAUGGUCGCUCGACGUGCACGCUGUUGCUUGCCGCACGCGGAUGGGGCUUAAAGCAAACAUCAGUGUGUCCACAACCGCUUUCACGUCCUCAUUCGUUUAUGAUUUACAACCAAUGCCUUGUCGCAAACAGGAAUCGCGUCGCAAAACCAAACGGUUUGCUUUGUGCUUGCGUGCCGUUUUUAUUGGCCGCUCGGAACAUUGCAAGUUCACGGAAGGGAAAAUGAUGAAAGUGCAUUUCCGUCAUUCAGAAGCGCCACAAACUGACGUUGAGUGGUGCUUACAGUCGCUGCUGGACGUGCUGCGUUGCGCUGCUGGGACUGUGGUGCGCAUUGUCCGCACAGCUCUGCGUUUCACUUGGCUUGUAUGUUGAACUUGUUUCGCACCGUACAUAGCCAAUCGUGCUAAUAGGAUGUGCGGGGGAAGAAUAACAAACUAAACAUUGAAAGCAUUUUUAAAGAAAUUUGUUUUCAACAUAGAUGAUAUAAAAGUUCAAAGCUCCAAUGGCUUCCUAAUAUCGGAAGGAAGAGCGUUCCAGACGGCCGCAGAAGCGCAUCUGCGCGCGAUGCGGCGAUCAUCUUUGUUCGAUAGCUCGCCAAAAGCCGCUGGUGCUGCGAGGAUGAGCGGAGUUGGCGUGAUGAUGGGUUGAGGCUUGCCGCGCGCAUCGUUUUCCUGUCCCGAGUCACGUUCCCCUUUUAGCCGUCGCGCUCCCCCCACCCCGAUCGAUCACCCUUCGCGUCGCGUCAGGCCCCGAGGGAUGAAGGGUCUCGGCUACGGCGAGCCUCUGUUGCUCCGAUGAGAUUUUUAGUUUCCUCCGUGCGCGCGGUUUAACAAGCAUUCGGGUGAACACUUGAGUUUGAAGAGACGGAGAAAUAAGCUCUAAGGAAAUAACAGACACGGAUUUGGCCGACAAGCAUCUUAAGAUGACGUAGACGUACUAACAUGAUGUUGAUGGAUUAUAGGGUUGGGGUCACCAGUAACAUUAAACACUAUGUACGUUACGAUGUGGAAACCACACAAACCGAGUGUAAAUAUUGAUACAAACAUUUACGUUGCUGCGUUUCCACAUGCAAGCGUUUGAAUAUUCCCACGUUACAGCGGUAAUGGGCAAUAGCGCGACCUUUAGCACAGGUUAAUAUUUACCAGCGUUUCAAUUUCACGUGCGUUUUAAUUAUCUGUGGCAGAACAAGGGAGAUGAUAUAUAUUUAAACGUAACGUUAUCUGUGGAAACAUGAGCGUCUUGCCAACAUGAAGUCAUCGGGGGGUUAUCUUCAUUGUGUCGAAAGCAAAAGCACGAACCCACCAUUAGGAGAAGCUAAUAACAUUGGACGGGGCCGUCUGCUCGGCAAUGAGCAGCGACUGAUUGUGCGCAACUAAUGUUGAGAAUGGGAGCUAAGGGAUGGGACGAUGCAAUGAGAGAGCGAGUGAUGAAAGGGGAGGGUGCUCGCAAACAGGGUACAUCGCAACUGCAAGGAGUCACAGGCUCGGGGUUUCAGGCGCGCUGUGUUCUGCACUUGUACGUACGCACGUAUGUAUGUUGAACUUCUUUCACACCGUACGUAGCCAACCGUGCUAAUCGGAGGUGCGGGGGAAGGACGACAAUAGUGUUUUUUUGGGUUUGAUCGCUUAAAUGUAAAUGUGUUGUUAAACCUCCCACCAACCGACACAGCCAAAUUAGUAAGGCUUGGCACGUAAGUGAAACAUGCCAAUCUAAAUUUGAAGCUUUCGUGACUGCAGGAAUCCAUACUCUUUGGUUCUUUCGGUAAAGUCACGUAGAAAUAAAAUAAAUCACGACGUUUCGAUUGCAACACAAGCAAUCAUCGUCAGGUGGGAAAACCACAGCAAAAAAAUGUAUUGCUGUGGUUUUUCCACCUGAUGUUUGCUUGUGUUGCAAUCGAAGUGUGAUUUUUUUUUAUACCUCCGUGACUUUACCGAAAGAACCAAAGAGUAUGAAACAUGUCAAUUGGUCGUGUUCAGAACACGCGCGUAUUGGAGUUGUAAACCCACAAUACUUACAAUUGGAGUGCUGGUGGUGGCAGAUUCAACGACGCAUUUGUGUUUAUGCACCUUAACCUAAAAAACCCCAUCUACUUUGGAUAAUAUUGGUUGCGAAAGCCUACUCCGUGUUAAGAAGGACAAAAGAACUAAAACACAAAAGGCAACUCUAAAAGACACGUGCCGCACGCGGAGGCGUUGGACUGACUCGCUGGGGGCGUGGCCGCGUCUGCGUCGUCCUUUCGCGCAGACGACAUACGCGGAGCUUCCCCAGCAAGGGGCCCCUCACCCACAGCUCAGCAUCGGCGGGUGAGGGGGGGGUCCGUUACCCCGGGCGAGCCAUCCGGAUCUUGGCAGCGGCUCGUCGUCAGCUGUAGCAGUGAGCCACCGCCAGGCGCUGCUCAGACCACUUACGGGGGGUGAACGACAAAUACAAAAUUGGAAUUGCCAUUGACAGAGCAACAAUUGAAGAUAAGACAAACUCCCAAAUAGCUACAUCAUGGGACCUCCUUUGCCAGUACCAAAAUAUGAGAAUAGGGUUUCCCCUUUUUUCUGGCAACAAAAACAGAUGUUAAGAUGUUAAAACACCAAACUGAAACCUUUAACAAGGAAUCGACCAGAGGACGCCAAACUUUUGGUGUUUCAGUUUGGUGUUUUAACAUCUUGACAUCUGUUCUGUUGCCAGAUUAAAAGGGAAAAACUAUUCUCAUCCCAAAGAGUUUUUAAGGUGUGGCGACUUGACUCUUCGCGAUGCUGGCUGAGGGAGCGUUUGACGACGCACGCGGUUACCGGCGGCUGUAAAUAAUGCAACUGCGAAAGCCGUUUUUAUUAAGAUCCCCAUGCCCCUUUUGAAUCAUUUUAAUUCCCCACUUGGAGCUUUGGGUUUUUUUCAUUUUAUUCCACUGUUGAACUUUCGAUGUCGUGAGCAGUUUCGGCAUCACUCGUGUUGUUUCCACCGCAGACAACACUUCUAUGCAACUGCAGUUGUUAACGCGAUGUCUGAAGUUUAUGGGUUCCACGUUCACUCAUCCAUUCAUUAGUUUACGUUGCGAGUAUGGAAAUUAACGUUGAUGUCACCGUUGAAAUAAAAAAAAUGUGUUAAGGGGCCAUGGUUGUGCGUUCCGUGU